GAGCAGGAGCCGGACAAGAUGCAUUGCGAGAGGUUUCUAUGUGUCCUGAGAAUAAUUGGAACUACACUUUUUGGAGUCUCUCUCCUCCUUGGAAUCACAGCUGCUUAUAUUGUUGGCUAUCAGUUUAUCCAAACGGAUAAUUACUACUUCUCCUUUGGACUCUAUGGUGCCUUUUUAGCAUCACACCUCAUCAUCCAAAGCCUCUUUGCCUUCCUGGAACACCGGAAAAUGAAAAAGUCCCUUGAGACCCCCAUUAAAUUGAACAAAACCGUUGCUCUUUGCAUCGCGGCAUAUCAAGAAGACCCUGACUACUUACGGAAAUGCUUGCAAUCUGUGAAAAGGCUGACCUACCCUGGAAUUAAGGUUGUGAUGGUCAUCGACGGGAACUCGGAUGAUGACCUUUACAUGAUGGACAUCUUCAGUGAAAUCAUGGGCAGGGACAAAUCAGCCACUUACAUCUGGAAGAACAACUACCACGAAAAGGGACCUGGAGAGACAGAAGAGUCCCAUAAAGAAAGCUCACAGCAUGUAACCCAAUUGGUCUUGUCUAACAAGAGCAUUUGCAUCAUGCAAAAAUGGGGCGGAAAGAGAGAAGUCAUGUACACAGCCUUCAGAGCCCUGGGACGAAGUGUGGAUUAUGUACAGGUGUGUGAUUCAGACACCAUGCUUGACCCUGCCUCAUCUGUGGAGAUGGUGAAAGUUCUAGAAGAAGACCCUAUGGUCGGAGGUGUUGGGGGAGAUGUCCAGAUUUUAAACAAGUAUGAUUCCUGGAUCUCCUUCCUCAGCAGUGUGAGAUACUGGAUGGCUUUUAAUAUAGAAAGGGCCUGCCAGUCUUAUUUUGGGUGUGUCCAGUGCAUAAGCGGUCCUCUGGGAAUGUACAGAAACUCCCUACUGCAUGAAUUUGUAGAAGACUGGUAUAAUCAGGAAUUCAUGGGCAACCAAUGCAGUUUUGGUGAUGAUAGGCAUCUUACCAACCGGGUGCUGAGUCUGGGCUAUGCAACAAAAUACACAGCUCGGUCCAAGUGCCUUACUGAAACGCCUAUCGAAUAUCUCAGAUGGCUGAACCAGCAGACCCGUUGGAGCAAGUCCUACUUCCGAGAGUGGCUGUACAACGCCAUGUGGUUUCACAAGCAUCACUUGUGGAUGACCUACGAAGCUGUUAUCACUGGAUUCUUCCCUUUCUUUCUCAUUGCCACAGUCAUCCAGCUCUUCUACAGGGGUAAAAUCUGGAACAUCCUCCUCUUCCUGUUAACUGUCCAGCUAGUGGGUCUCAUAAAGUCAUCUUUUGCCAGCUGCCUUAGAGGAAACAUUGUCAUGGUCUUCAUGUCUCUCUAUUCAGUGUUAUACAUGUCCAGUCUACUUCCUGCCAAGAUGUUCGCAAUUGCAACCAUAAACAAAGCUGGGUGGGGCACAUCUGGAAGGAAAACCAUUGUUGUCAACUUUAUAGGACUUAUUCCAGUGUCCGUGUGGUUUACAAUUCUUCUCGGUGGUGUGAUUUUCACCAUUUACAAGGAAUCGAAAAAGCCAUUUUCCGAAUCCAAACAGACUGUUCUCAUUGUGGGAACCUUGAUCUACGCAUGCUACUGGGUCAUGCUUUUGACUCUGUAUGUGGUUCUCAUCAAUAAGUGUGGCAGGAGGAAGAAGGGACAACAGUACGAUAUGGUGCUUGACGUAUGAUCUCGCGAUGAUGCUUGCAGUCGCACACG